AUGUCUGAAGCCCGAGCCCACCCCAACGACGGUUCUGGCGAGUAUGCGGACCAGCUCGGAACGGAGAGGGAGCUCCCUUCUCUGCCCGCCGUAGACACGAGUAAGGAAGCCUGGGCCUAUGUCGCAGCGUCUUUUGUCAUGGAAAUGCUCCUCUGGGGACCCAUCUUUGCUUCAGCCGUGUAUCUGAAGCAUUAUGCAGCACUUCCGCAAUUUGCUUCUUCAUCCGAGACUCAGAUUUCUUUCGUCGGAACGCUGCCCAUACUCUUUGGCUAUUCACUCGGUCUUCCUUUGCUCUAUUUCUACAAUCAUUUUCCCCGGGCCAUGAAGCCGUCAAUCUGGGUCGGUCUAGCACUCUACACGGUAUCGAUGCUGGCUGCCAGCUUUGUCUCAAACAUGAAGCUCUUGAUUCUCUUCCAGGGGGUCGGACCAGGUGUCGCUGCUGCUUUGGUAGCUUUCCCCAUAAUCAGAUGGCUUCCCGAAUGGUUUGACCUGCGUAAAGGGACUGCGGGGGGUAUCAUUUUCGCUGGGGGUGGUGUGGGCGGUGUUUAUAUGCCGUUUCUGGAGGAGGCUCUCAUCAAUCACUUGGGUUACAAUUGGUCUUUGCGAAUCACCGCUAUACUGACCGCUGUCCUUGGUGGUAUCGCCAUAUUCUUUGUUAACCCGCGAGUUCCCAUAUCCCCCAGAGCGCACGUUGUUCGCAUGCCCAUGCCGCCAUUCUUUGACACUUUCAUGCGAUGGGGUUUCUUUGGUACCUUUUUCUGUUGUCUUCUGCAAGGUUUUGGUUAUUUCAACGUUGGACUUUUCUUGCCGAGAUUCUCAGACUCUCUUGGCGGCGAUGCGGGUGCAGGUCUGUUGGCGGCUUUCAACGUCAGUUGUAUCGGAGCCCAGCUGAUUUGGGGACUGAUCACAGACAAAAUGAGACCUGCCCAGGCGAUGGCGAUCAGCUCUGUGUUAGGCACGAUCUUGACCCUGACAUUCUGGGGAAUCGGUGGCAGUAAGGGUAUCUCUCUGCUGGCCCCUUUCGCGACUCUCUUUGGCCUGGCGACCGGUGGCUUCACCUCCAUGUGGUUCCAAAGUGCACACGAAAUUGCUGGGCCUGGUCAGGGGCGACAGAGUCUAUUGUCCGUCGGUAAAUACCUCGAUCUUACCUCUGUUGAUUCGCCCUGGCUCUAA